AUGUCGUCCGAUCUGGUGCCCGAGACGCGGGUGCUGGCCAUCGCAAGCCAUCUUGUCCGUCUGCCCAUCUGUCUUUGGUGCUUGUUACGCAGGACUUCUAACCUGCAACCUGAAUCACACAGAUACGUGGGGAAUACAAUGGCAACUUUCGUAAUGCAGUCGUUGGGAUGCGAAGUCGCUGCACUAAACACCCGCUUCGCAGGCAACCACACGGGAUACGGACAGGUCAAAGGCGCGAAGACAUCCGCCGAAGGGAUCACUUGUCUGUAUGAUGGUCUGCGUCAAAGCUAUCUGACGGACUUUGACGUUUUGCUUACCGGCUAUGCACCGAGUGCAACCGCGAUCGAGGCCAUUGGCGCGAUCGCAAUGGACCUGAGGCAAAGGUCUCUCAAAAGACCCGGGUCAUUCUUUUGGGUACUCGAUCCGGUGAUGGGAGAUCAGGGACGGAUAUAUGUUAAUGAAGAUGUGGUACCUGCCUAUAAAAAUCUCGUCCCGCUUGCGGACUUGAUAUUGCCGAAUCAAUUUGAGGCCGAGCUUCUUUCUGGGAUCAAGAUCACAUCAUUGGCGAACCUCAUGGAUGCCGUUGCAGCGAUUCACCGCAACUACACCGUCCCACAUAUCAUUGUUACCUCAGUACAGCUUCCCGGCACCCUAUCUGCUUCAUCAUCAACGGUGUCUUUAGCGACCGCAGACGACUCUGUCUGCACUCAUGAUACCCGACUAAAUACACUCGUAGUGGUUGGUUCUACCAUGAAGACUGACGGUUCUGCCCGCCUCUUUAAGGUGGAUGUGCCGCUUAUGGACUGCUUUUUUAGCGGGACAGGCGAUAUGUUUGCGGCGCUGAUGGUUGCAAGGCUGCGGGAAGCUGUCUUUGCCGCGGAGCCCAUGUCGCCCCCAUUACAUGAAUUGCGUUCCUGGGUAUCGCCUGAUCACGUUCCGGCCACACAGCUACCUCUCGCCAAAGCGACCGAAAAGGUCCUUGCCAGCAUGAACGCCAUUUUGGAAAAGACCAUGAUAGCUAGAAGCGAAGAACUAGAAAGGUACUCGGAAACUGAAGAAGAUACUACGUUUGCAGAGUUACCAGAAGCUGAACGCAAAACUGCUCUUGCAAAGAGAGAGCGUCUGCGUCGGACGAAAGCUGCGGAGAUCAGGCUUGUACGCAAUGUCGACCUGUUGAAACAUCCCGAAAUCAAAUAUUUUGCGGAAGAAUGGUGUCUAUGA